AACGCCGAGAGCGAUGGAACGUUGGCAAAAUAAAGUGGCAAUCGUAACAGGAGCCAGCUCUGGAAUCGGAGCCAGCAUCGCAAAGACUCUUGCCCAGGCGGGAAUGGUCACAAUUGGACUGGCAAGAAGAAUCGAUCGGGUGGAAGCCUUGAAGAAAACCCUAUCAGACGACAUUGCUGCCAGGUUUUAUGCAUUACAGUGCGACGUCUCUAAGGAGGAAGACAUUUUGGUGGCGUUCAAAUUCGUAGAGGAAAAGUUCGGCGGGGUUCACGUAUUGGUGAACAAUGCCGGAACGUAUCAACAGGUGGACCUACUAGGUGUCGGAAAUAGCGAGGCCCUGAGGCAAACUCUGGACACUAACGUGCUGGGGUUGGUCCUGUGCAGUCGGGAGGCAUUUCAGUCCAUGAGUAAACGAUCGGUAGCCGGUCACAUCAUAAAUAUAAACAGUAUCGAAGGCCAUAAGGUACCGUUCUAUCCGAAAGCGAACUUAUAUCCAGCCAGCAAGCAUGCCGUAACGGCCAUAACCGAAACGAUCAGAAAUGAAUUGAGAGCGGAAGGUACGAAGAUCAAAGUUACGAGCAUAAGCCCUGGCUUCGUGCGGACCGAAAUGGCAGAUCAAUGUGAAACGUACAGCAAUGUGGAAGUCAGAACAAUGCCAAUGUUGGAACCGCAGGAUAUAGCGGAAGCGGUAAUCUAUGUUCUGAACACACCACCCCAUGUUCAAGUUCAUGAGCUAACUAUCAAACCGGUCGGAGAGCAUGUCUAAAUAUUUGGAUUGAGCUAAAAUUUCUUUCAUUUUACCAAUUGUGUAUUUUUAAUGAAAAAUCUGGUUUCACAUGCAAUCAGGUUUUUUUACAUUAACAAAACACGUUUGAUUCGAAACAAUGGAUAUCGGAAGCUUUCUUUUUCACAUUUUUCAGGGAAUACAUGAAUAUAUACGACAAAAAUAAAUUUAUUUUUUGAGUCAAACCAGUCAUUUUCGUAACAAUUGAAGUGCUGCUAAGUGAGUGCGUGUUCCAUCGGUGAAAACAAAUGGUAAUCGGAAGUUGAUCCAAACUGACUGGCUCAACCGUUCCCCUGGAAGGUUUUGCUAACUGCGACGUGGCAUUGUGAUCAAUAAAAAUCACUUUGUGUUGCCUUUUUUUCCUUUAAACCGUCGGGAAACGGUAGAUUGGUAAUCUUCUGAUUGUUGUGUGAGUUGUUGCUAAGUUUUCUCAUUGUCUUCGUCUAAUAAAGUUCCAUCAACAUUCAACGCAAAUCGUAAGCGAACUUUUUGGUUCAUAGCAACAACAAAAUCAAUUGUGUCCGCAGAUCGUAGUUCGCAUGCAGAAA